AUGAAGACCUUCUCUGUCCAUUGGGACCUUCAUAUCGAUGGAAUCCUCCGAAAGGCCAACAAUAUGGUGAGCAAAGCUGUCAAGUUUCAGAAAGGGGUGAAGCUAGACUUUGAGGAGGCGCUCUAUCAGACCAACGAUGGACUUGGUGAUACGAAGAUCCUCGAUACCCAAAUGAAUUUGGUGCCCGUCUCCGGCUUCACUUUCUCCCAGGACGGCGACGUGCCAGAGACUGUCGGCACUAUUGAAGUACGCCUAUACGUGCUUCGAACAUUCGGCGAAGACUGUGUGUUGAACGAAGAUGUCGACACAUAUCUCAACAACGAGGACGAGGAGGGUGAAGACGCAGAGUGCAAGCAGGCGACGUAUAAGACCAUCGCUCCAGAGUUCAUGAUUGAAUUCGAGAAGAAUGUCCAGGAGCUUGACAAGAAGGCCAGCAAGGCUUGGAAUAAGAAGUUGACUGCGAGGCGUCCGAGCAAGGAACCCUGGGCUAUCUUCCGCUUCCACUACCGAUCAAAGGAGGCUAUCGAGGCUCAAGAGAUGGAGCUCUCGUACAACCCCAAGACCAAAGGCAAGGGCACCGAGCCACACAUCCUCGAUCUCGACUUACUCCCACCACUUCUCGUCGGAGCGAAACCGGUCCAACCUAACGAUGGCGCUUCGACCCGUGCCGACUCUUCUACACCCGUCCCGGAUACCCCUCUUACGCUGGCCAGUCCGUUCAUACAGCGCCGUCCUAGCCCGCCUCCAAGCCCACUCGCGCAGAGGCACCCUCCAGUCGAAGACGCGCCUUCCGAGGCCACGGUAGUCGAGGAGCCUCUUGAGAAGCCAGAUACCGCAGUAGUCGAAGAGCCGGCUGAGAAGGAAGGGAAUGACAUCGAAAAGACCGAGGAGCUCUCAAAACCGAUUAAGUCGGCCCACGCCACCCCAAUCAUCGCAACCACUCCCAUCACCACGCCCGUCCCGGUCGCACCCAUGCUCCCCGCUGCACUAUCUACUACACACCCCGCAGCCCCAGCUCUAACAGUCAAACGUCCCUUGGCCGCUCCCCUCUCCACCCUCCCCGAACCCAAGCGCACGAAGUCCCUAACCAUUACCGAAACCCGCCGGCAGCUCAAAGCAGUGAAAGCGCGCCGCGACGCCAUAGUGAAGAAGCGUCGUGACCUAGACUCCGAGCUCGAACCGUAUAUGGCACAGAUGGCGAGGGAGCAGGAGAAGCUAGCAAAGGAGUUGGAAGAGGAGACACGGAUGUGGAGGGAGGAGAUCCAGGAGUUGAGAGAAGACAGUGCGAUUCUGGCAGAGAUGAAGAUGAAGAGGGGUGGGGAGUAG